AUUGUUUUUGACAUCAAAUAAAAAAAUCUAGAACACAACGAAUUUUCGUGAAUUCUUGAGGAUACAUUAUGAGUUUUGUAAUAUCUUUGUGCCACUUCUGCGACCAACAUGGACCCAGUGUCCUUCAGACUUGUUAUUCCUCAAGUCAGGACGAGGAACUUGUAAAUUCAAAUGAAACAUCGUGUCAGGCAUGCUGCAUGGGUGAGAGGUACAUCAGUACAGACAGAAUGACUGGCACUCGAUAUGUCAGUUGUAGACUACCAGCUCAGCGUCAGUCUCUGGUGUCGUGGCUCAGUCAUGUGUGUGUCCGGAGCCUCAGCUGUGAGGUAAACCCUUGUGUAUUCUGUGAACCGCCCAACUGUGCCCUGUCAAUCUCAUUCAGCGUACGUGAUGCCCAGGCCCGAGGCUUCUAUCACUGGCUCAGCAUUGUGAUAAGCUCGCGUGACCUUACCUUCCUCGCCAGCUGUUGGCCCUUCCUCAGCAAGCAGGUGCAGCACAUCGUCACUUGGCUGCAGGACAGAGCAGUGCAGGUGUACAAUGUUGAACGGCCAUUCAGAGACAGCAAGCCGUCCCAGUCUCGGCCCCUGCCUCAGCUAGUCAAAUACAAGGCUGUCUACGCUAGGCUGCAUUGUUGGUUUGCCUGGAUGAUUCAUGCCUGCAACUCUCGCUUAUCAGAAGCAAUCCCUCGCUCUCCAUACUAUCGGUUACAAGCUCAACAUGUCUUUGAGGAAGGCAGUCUCAAGUCCCUGAGAGUGUUUCUGGGAGCUCAGGUGUUUGACUUGGCAGCUCUCCAUAUCAUAGAAGGUCGUCAGGUUAUUGUUCGGGGUGAUAUACCCGACCUUGUCAAAGCCACUGUUACUACAUUCAAGGAGCUACUGCCAAGUGAUUGGUGCAGAACAUUGCCUGACUGUGAUGAGUACCUAGAGCCAGGGGAGUGUGGCUUGCUAGGUGUCAGCACUCAAGUAGUUGUCUUGUAUUUGAACUUUGCAGGAGCUACUGCCAAAACAUUGCCUGACUGUGAUGAGUACCUAGAGCCAGGGGAGUGUGGCUUGCUAGGUGUCAGCACUCAAGUAGCUGUCUUAUGUUUGAACUUUGCAGGAGCUACUGCCAAAACAUUGCCUGACUGUGAUGAGUACCUAGAGCCAGGGGAGUGUGGCUUGCUAGGUGUCAGCACUCAAGUAGCUGUCUUAUGUUUGAACUUUGCAGGAGCUACUGCCAAAACAUUGCCUGACUGUGAUGAGUACCUAGAGCCAGGGGAGUGUGGCUUGCUAGGUGUCAGCACUCAAGAGCUACUGCCAAGUGAUUGGUGCAGAACAUUGCCUGACUGUGAUGAGUACCUAGAGCCAGGGGAGUGUGGCUUGCUAGGUGUCAGCACUCAAGUAGCUGUACCUUGUCCUUGCCACAACAUAGUAAGGGUAGACAUGGUGCAGGGAUGUGUGUCUGCCAAGACUACUGCCAUCAUGCCAGCCAAGUAUCCAACUUUACUAAGCAAGAUUUUGAAAGCCUUGGCUUGUGAACUGUUGAGAGGAAAAGCGUUGACUUAUCACCUGCAAAGCUACAGACAAGAGUGGAUGCACAUUGCCAAGCUGGUACACCUGACACGGAUGGAAAAUGCUGCUUCGCUGUUGGUAGCUCUGGGAGUAAAACCACAAGAUCAUCAGCUGGUGUCCUACUGGUCCAACAAUCUGUGUAAAUCCUGACCUUCAGGAAAACCCUUUGAUGUGUUGUAUUGAAACAGCCGAGAAGAGUCUGAAUAUAACCAUAAUGCAAAGAAGACAGACUUACCACGAGGAGAAUGGUUUAUCUGUUGAUGUUUACUCACACAGGUGGCGUUGGUAAAGUGCUGAUGUAUUUCUACAACUUUUACACAAUUGUGAUUCAAAUGGAAUGUUGCUAUCAUGUUCACCAUGUACCUGGACUGCUUGCAGGUUUUGGAGGGCAGGGCAUAUGCAUACAUGCAUAAUGUGUGUAUUAUACUAGUGUAAUGUGUGUAUGGAAGUAUACUUGUCGGUUUACAUCUGGUUGGACUGGAUAUAGCUAAGAGUCAUCCCUUGAGUGAUCACUUUAUAAUAUGUCUUAAAUGAACUAGGCCAUCACACAUCAGACACUCCCAAAUCUGGCUCACUCUGGGCUAUGGCGGUGCCAAACUAUUGAAAGUGGUACAUUAUUGAACGUCUUUUAAAAAGUUGUUGCAAAAGUAGCGGAAGUACUGAUUAAUAUAGCGUAAAAUAUCUUUUAGUUACCAGACUUAGUAAGUUUACUGGACAAGCCAUUAUUCUGUGUUUCAUAAUGAUUUCUCUUAUUUUAUUUUUGAUAUAAAUGGUAAAAGUAAAACUUUCAACUAGAAAACAGGCUUACAUUACAGUUCCCCUAACAAAUAGGUAGAAACCUAUUUGUAACUUUUUUCAUUGGAACACUUACGUUUUACAGUGUAAACAGAUGAAUCAGACCACCCGUGCACAAUGGUUUGGACCAACAAGCGUUAAAAAACAACCUAAUUCGUAAUUUGAAAAUGUAACUUUUUUUAAUCUGGGUGGUUUGGGACCGAAACGGACCUCCACAAAAAAUUUCAGAUCCCUAGCUAUUCUAGAAGAGCGCAAAACAAGCAUUUGUCUGAUCAGUGAGUCAGUGAGUUACACAAGUGGCUGUAUAUCCUGUUAAAGUAUGUGCACAGGUAGUCCGAUUCUGACAGUAAUCUUUGCUCAAUGUCAGUAGCUUUGUUGUUCAAACUAGUGCCUUUUAAUAAUAUGAGUUAUUGUGGUACAAAGCAUCUAAACGAUCACAAUAAUGAAGAACGUAAUUCAUAUAGAUUUUACUCUUUGAUGAGAUAAAAAUCUUUUUGAGGAUAUUCUCUAUUUUUUGUUACACAAAAUAUUCCUGUAUCUUUUUUA